GGGGAAGGGGCCGCGCGCGGACACCGGCGCCGCCAUCAUGGCGGCCUGAGGCGCGGCGGGCUCGGCGCCGGGAGCGGCGGGGCGGGAGGCCGGGAGCCGACAGAUUGAAAACUGAGAAUGGCAGGAGAACAGAAACCGUCCUGCAAUCUUCUAGAGCAGUUUAUUUUACUGGCCAAAGGUACAAGUGGCUCAGCUCUGACUGCUCUUAUAAAUCAAGUGCUGGAGGCUCCUGGGGUUUAUGUCUUUGGAGAGCUGUUGAAGUUAACAAACGUGCAGGAGCUUGCUGAAGGGUCCAAUGCUGCUUAUUUCCAGCUGCUGAACCUGUUUGCGUACGGAACAUACCGAGACUAUGUAGCAAACAAAGACAACCUGCCUGAAUUAACAGUGACUCAGAAGAACAAGCUGAAACACUUGACGAUCGUAAGCCUGGCGUCCCGAAUGAAGUGCAUUCCCUAUUCCGUAUUGCUGAAGGACCUGGAUAUGAGGAAUCUGAGGGAGCUGGAAGAUCUGAUUAUUGAAGCGGUUUAUACGGAUAUUAUCCAGGGGAAGUUGGAUCAGCGAAACCAGGUGUUAGAGGUGGAUUUUUGUAUUGGUAGAGAUAUUCAGAAGAAGGACAUCAGUAACAUUGUCAAAACACUCCAGGAAUGGUGCGAUGGUUGUGAGGCAGUUCUUUUAGGAAUUGAGCAGCAAGUACUUAGAGCCAACCAGUACAAAGAGAACCAUCACAGAACUCAGCAGCAGGUAGAGAUGGAGGUCACGAACAUAAAGAAAACAUUAAAAGCUACAGCCUCGUCGUCGGCACAGGAGAUGGAACAGCAGCUGGUAGAGCGAGAGUGCCCUCCACACACAGAACAAAGGCAGCCCACAAAGAAGAUGUCCAAAGUCAAAGGGCUGGUCUCCAGCCGCCACUAGAACACACCAUCUAAAUUGUCAUUCAGUUAGGAAUGACAACAGGAGGAGCAAAAAGGGCCUGCAACUCCUUUUUCAGUGGGUUCUGGGCCAGUCCCUUCCAGGCUGGCAGAUAAAAGCCCUGUUGAAUACAGCUCCCAGUUAGCAGCACCUGGCUAAGUUACACUGUGCUGCCCCUAUGAAGUUUCAGGGUGUCCCUGUUCUGGUCUUCUGAAGAGGGACUUUUAAAGAAAGGGACUAACCAAAAGGGGCAGGAAAAAACCAAAAUAUCUGUGGACAGUUUUGCUCCCUCCCAGCUAGUUUUAUUGCUGCUUAACCUUGAGGAAGCUGCUGUACUAAAUCAGAUCUUGGGAGAGCUUCUAUAGCAAGUGUCUGAAUCCCAGGGUUGAAGUGUGGCUGCCAAAGCCAGGCUGGGAGUGAGGAAGCCAUCAACACAGAUCUUUUCAUUCCCAAAGGGAGUGCAGGAAGGUUUCUAGGCCAGGAACUGCUUUACAUGGUAGUCUUCAGCCUUUCUGCUACCCCUGUCUGUUUUAAACUGGGGUGAAAUUCACACUACCUCGCUCUGUGAAGGUGAGAUCCAGUGCUGGGCUGUUUACUUAACUGUCUGUUUACUGCCCUUACUAGGCCCUUUAAUCUCUCACAGAUUUAAAGCACUGUUCUGCAUCUCUGAGACAUCAAUACAAUAAGGAGGAAGCAGGCUGCUCUUUCUCGACUUCCUUCUUGCAGGUGGUCAGGGGCAUGCUAGAAACUGUUCCUCCUGAAUGUGAUGUGACCUCCCAGAGCUGCCUGUGAGUUGUUUCCCCCAUUGAUACCUUCGGAGGGUAAUGCCUUUGCUCUUCCUUGGAUGCUGGCGACAGUGGUCUGCAUGGGAGAGGAGCCUGUUUGGCAUCAAGGCAGGCUGGUGGCCCAGGACCCACUGGCAGGGGUCGCAGCAGCAUCCCCUUGCUGAAGCAAUGGACUCAACUAGUUUUUCUGAAUUUUGAACACUUUCAGGUUGUAUUUUCUUCCCUUGUUUUUUUGUACAUUGUUGUGAUUCUAAAGCAUUUCAGCCUUUGUUUUGUGGGGUUUUUUUAUUUGUUACAGACUAACUUCAGGUGAUUUGCACCUAGUUUGUCAAGGUGUGGGGUUGUUUUUUUUUUUUAAGGGGGAAGCAUUGGAACAGCAAUUCAUGAAAAAGCACAUUUUAGAAAAAAAAUUAAAAAUGCUGAUUUAA